AUGUCUUAUAAUGGGACAACCAAAGCAGGCGACUUGUCAUCAAACAGCAUGUGUAAUAAGAGCAGUAGCAAAAGAGAUGUGUCAGUCACUUCCUCGGUCAUUACUAUGACAGUGGGCAUUGUUUCCAACAUGCUGGCUCUCUUCAUUCUUCUCAAAGCCUACCGGCGAUUCCGUUUCAAAUCCAAAGCUUCCUUCUUACUCUUUGCAAGUGGUCUGGUGGUGACUGACUUCCUGGGACACCUUAUUAAUGGCUCCCUGGCACUCUAUGUGUAUGCCUCAAAUAAAGACUGGGAGACUUUUGACCCCAAGCAGGUGCUUUGUGGCUUCUUUGGUGUUUGCAUGGCUUUCUUUGGUCUGAGUCCCCUUUUGCUUGGAUGUGUUAUGGCUGUGGAGCGCUGUGUCGGGGUUACUCAGCCCCUCUUCCACUCUACCACUUGGACAUCCCGUCACAUGGGCAGCCUGCUGGCAUCCACCUGGCUCCUGGCCCUGCUCGUGGCACUGUUGCCGGUGCUAGUGUGGCGGCCGUACCAGGUUCAGGGAGCCCGGAGCUGGUGCUUCUUUCGCAUGGUGGGGGCACGUGAUUGGUUGGAUGUGCUCCUCCCCAUGCUCUUCUCUGGGUUGGGACUGCUGGCUCUUCUUGUGUCAUUUGUGUGCAACACUGUGACUGGAUUCACCCUUCUGUGGUCCACACUACACUGGCGCCGUGAUGACUACCAUCGCCAUCACAAAAGCUCACUCCAUUUUGAGAUGAUCUGCCAGCUCCUUGCAAUAAUGAUGGUAUCCUGCAUGUGUUGGGGCCCAUUUCUGGUUACAGUCAUUAUCGUAAGCCUUCAGGCACAACAACAGGAAACAUAUGGCUACCUGCUGCUGACUGUACGGCUGGCCACAUGGAACCAGAUUCUUGACCCAUGGGUGUACAUUCUUCUGCGUAAAGCAGUCUUGAAGAAGCUCUUCCAGCUGGUGCAGAGGUGUCGCAGUCCUUUCCCCAAACAUACCUUUGGGUGGCCAUUUAGUGUGCUUGGGAGUUCAGGGGAGACUUGCACCUCCACAAGCAGCAGAGCAGACUGCAUCUGCUUGGAUCGAAUUUUCCUGCCAGGCACUCUUAUGAGACCCAUCGGGCAACUCCCCUGA